AUGAACAGUUUGGCCCAGCGGUCCUUAUGCCGUCUGCCUGCCUGGGUCUCUGUCUCCUCGACCACCCGGUCUGCUGGUGCCACCGGCGGCCGCCCAUGCCGAUCGUGCGCAGCGUCUGCUGGCGGCGGCGUGGGUGGUGCUGGCUGCGGUGUCGGUACGCGUGGUGGUGGUGGAUGCGGCUGCGUCGGCGGUGUUGGCGGCGUUGGCAGUGGUGGGGGAUGCGUCUGCUUCGGCGGCGACGUCGGCGGCAAUGACGGCUAUGGCUGCGGCACCCCUUGUUGUUGUGGCUCCGGCUACGGCGUCGGCUGUGGCUGUUGCUGCGGCGUCGGUGGUGGCGUUGGCUGCGAUUGCGGCGGUUGUGUCGGCGGCAACGGUGGCUUCAGCAAUGGCGGUUGCGGUUGCGUCUUCCCCCUUCUUCACUAA